AUGAAUUCUGCAGACGUUAAUUCGGCUCAAGCUGUUGACAUAGCAAUCAACCACCAGGAGCAGGCCCUGAUGACUAAACUCACGGAAAUCACGAUUGCAAUUCAAUCCAAAAUUCAAGGCCGCAUAGAUGCAAGUGAAGACCAAAUAGAAAAAGUUAGUGUCGGAGUAAAUAUGCUACAUUAUCUGGAAAAGUUCAUGAAGAAAGUUGACAGCAGCUCAGUGGGAUCUGCUCACGUUGAAAUAGACGCAGGUAUGAGCACCAUUACCAGCUCAUUGGAGCUCUCUGGAAAGGUGCUACAGCAACUGUCGAAUGACUUGGCAUUUGAUAAGGCUUGGUACGAAGGAAACGAACAAGCUAUUGCUUUCUCAAAACAAAGCAUUGAAAUUGUUUCGGACGAACUUCAAAUUAUAAUUCGGCAAAUUACGAAACACCAGUUGCCGGAGCCUGCAUCGGCGAAUAAAUGUGUCUUCAGCAAAUCCUUGAAAGCCGACAGUGACGCGCAGCUUCUAAGCCGCGCCGGCAGAUCUUUCUACACACGCGAAGCUGCAAGGCAAAAACCGCGACCGGCAAAAUGUAACCUAGCUACUUGA